AAUCCUCAUCUGUUCCUCACAGGAGGAAGGGAGAGAGAGAGUUUUCACAGGAUUGCCUGCAACCAGUCUGUGGGUGAAAGCGUGAGAGGAACGAGAGAGAGAUAAGGAUAGCAGGGCUGACUUGAGUAUUGUGGGACAUAAAAAGCUGCUCCAAAGGGCUACUGAGGCGGAAAAGCCCAAAAAUAAGAAGGAUCACAUUUUGUGUGGAAAAGUCUGCUAGUUUCUUUCUCCGGUGGUAACAGCCCCUAUCAACCGUUGCCAUGGGUGAAAUGGACACGUUGAAAAAGGAGGCCGAUGGCCUGAAGAGCCAGAUUGAAGCUGCCCGCAAGGCGGUCAAUGACACCACCAUGGCUGCCGUAGCAUCUGGUGUGGCGGCUGCACCCCGUGUCCAGCUGAAGAACAGAAAGACAUUGAAGGGCCACUUGGCCAAAAUCUACGGCUUGCACUGGUCUGCUGAUAACAGGCACAUGGUCAGUGCCUCACAAGAUGGCAAGCUUCUUAUUUGGGACACCUACACCGGCAACAAGGUAUAUGCCGUCCCCCUCAAGUCUUCCUGGGUGAUGAGUUGCUCCAUGGCCCCUUCUGGCAAUCUGGCGGCCAGUGGAGGUCUGGAUAACAUGUGCACCAUCGUCAACAUCAAGGGUGCCAGCCCAAAGACCCUAAGGGAGCUGGAUGCACAUGAAGGCUACCUUUCCCAUAGCCGCUUCCUGAACGACAGCGAGAUCCUCACUGCAUCCGGUGACACCACUUGUUGCCUGUGGGAUCUGGAGACUGGCAAGCAGAAGGUGAUCUACAAGAGCCACGUGGGUGACUGUAUGUGUCUGGCCUUGUCACCAGACCAGAACACUUUCAUCUCAGGGGCCUGUGACUCCAGCGCCAAGCUGUGGGACAUAAGAGAUGGUGGCUGCAAGCAGACCUUCAUUGGCCACACGAGUGACAUUAAUGCCAUUGCGUUCUAUCCUAGUGGCACUGCAGUUAUCACGGGAUCCGAUGACUGCACCCUCAAAAUGUAUGACCUCCGUGCCGACCAGGAGGUCAAUGGCUACCAGGACGCUGCGUUGAAUGCAGGCGUCACGUCAGUCUCCCUCUCCAGCUCUGGACGCCUCAUCUUCGCCGGCUACGACAACUUCAACUGCAACAUCUGGGAUUCCCUGAAGGCCGAGAAAGUCGGUGUUCUAUCUGGCCAUGACAACAGAGUGAGCUGCAUUGGGGUGCCAGAUGAUGGCUUGGGUAUCUGCACAGGAUCCUGGGAUAGCUUCCUGAAGAUCUGGAACUGAGCUGGUGCUCCAGAGGCGACAUUAGGAGAGGGAGAGGGGGGAUGGAUGGAACUCGAGGAGGAGAGGAGAAGGGGGGAUGGUUGGAACUAGAGGAGGAGAGGAGAAGGGGGGAAUCACAAGCCUGAGAAAUAAGGAUGCUCAUUUUGGGAUUGUGGAGAUACCAGGAGGAGGAUGUUUGCCGUACCAUUUCACGUCAUUUGUAACCACUAGAUCUUCCCUUCUCUUGCUCCCUCUUUCUCAGCUAUGUGUGCAAAUGUGGGAGGUGGUGAAUGGGACUUCAUAGAACAGGCUGCAUAAAUGGCAUCGACAACAGCACAAGAUGCAGUCCCGCUACAUGUACACAAGAGUUUUGAAGUUAUGGUUGACACUAUCAAUAUCUAGACAAUGACAAACACCAAAAAAAUAGGAUAUUUGAAGUCAUUACUUGAAAUAACAAAUUAAUAAAAUAAAAUAAAUGCUCUACUUGUGUCUAAGGUGAGAAAUAUAAUGCACAUCAGUAACGAUUUAGUAUUACGGAUACAUUGUUUUGAGGUCUUUGAUUAAUAAAGCCCGCAGAUAGUAGCUGAAAGUUGAUAUGUACAUUUAUUUACAUUUAGGUAUUUAAUUAGAGUGCAUAGUUGAUGUACAGUGUGAUUUCUGUUUGGUCAUACAUAUCCGAUGUAUGUGUCCCACAGGAAUAUGACUGUCGCCAUUUUGGACCUAUGAUGACACAUGCUAACCAGCAGCACCCUCUGACUUUGCCCCAAAAUGGCUGCAAUCACCAGGCAAAUCCAUGAUGUAAAAACAAAAUGCAAUGCCUGUAUUAUACUUCAGGGAAAAGCGUUGUUGAGGUGUUACAUAUCAGAUACCAAUACAUUCCCUCCCAACUGCAUUUUGUAGCACAUUUACACAUCUGCAGUAUCUCUGUAAAAAAAAAUGGAUUGCUUGUUGAAAAACCUUUCUAAUAAACAUUGACUUCUGCAUUA